AUGACCUUUGUUGGCCACGUAAAUGUACGCCAUGCACCGAAUCGUUUUUGCUAUCAGGUACUGGUAACAAAUAAUCAAAUAGAGUUGCUCAUACCACAUCAGGAUUGUCAAGUAAGCAGAACAAGGUCAUUAAGUCCAAUGGGUGUAAUAAUUGCUACAUCAGUGCUAAUUUCAUUUCAUCCUCAUUAUGUUACUGCUGGUGAUCGAAUCUAUCUAUUACGAUGUUUGCAUACUCGUGCAUCAGAUCAAUCGUUAUUUCCAGGAUCAGUUGCACCACCUGCUAUUUCUACCAAUGCUCUUCGUGGAUCGACUUCAAUCCCUCAGUGCGAAUAUCAGAUACGAAGUUUGAAAGAUAAUGAACUUGUGGAUGAAGCAAUUAUCGGUGAAAUGGUCCGCCAUCAUUGGUCUUGUAGCAUUCGUUCGGAUCAAGAAUUAUGUCUUGUUAUCACUAAUUGCUUCGUGAUAGCAGGUGAUUCAAAGUAUCAACUUAUCGAUAAACAAGGAUGUUCCAUGGAUCGUGCCAUUCUUCCGGAUUUGGUCUACAUUGAUAAUAUGAAUGUCGAACAAAACGUAUCCGUUUUUGGCAUUGCUGAAAAACCUUACGUUUAUUUUCAAUGUCAAAUAAGCUUGUUACCGUCAAAAACUUAUCAGUGUGCUAAACCGACCUGUCUUGGUAAUCAUAGGAAUCGGAGAGAUUUACUUUUUAUGAUAGAAAAUGGUGAAACGCUAAUAUUGGACGUUGUUUCGCAAACAGUCGAAAUUCGAGAUUUCGAUAGGCAUUUUGGAAAGAGAAGAUGCCAUCAGUUACCGGAAGCAAUUGUUAAUGAACUGAGUCGUGAUGAUGUUGUUUGCGUAACAUGGAAUUUUUUUGUUCUGAUUGCUCCACUUACUAUUUUGAUAGCACUUUGCGCCGUUAUAGCAGUAACAGCAAUGAUAUUUCGGAAUAUACGUUGUCGUCAAAGGCCAUGA